AUGGAAAAGAAAAAGGUUAAGUCAAUCAGAUUUGAAUUAGGGCAUAAAAAUUGGUGGGAUGAGGAAUGUUCACGAAAAAAGAGGAAGGCAAGGAAGUUAUACAAGAAAUGGAAAGAUAAUAAAGGUUCGUGGGAAGCUUACGCUCAUGAAAGAUCAAAGUACAGGAAAAUGUGCGAAGACAAGGAAAAAAAAAGAAAGGAUAAUGAAUUAGAAGAGAUAAAAAAUGCAAAAACGGAGAAAGAUAUUUGGAAGUAUAUAAAUAAACAAAGAAAGAAAAAGAAUAGCAUUAGUAGUGGAAUAAUGAUAAGGGACUGGAAAAACUACUUCAUGGACCACUUAGAAGGAACAGAAGCUCAUUCUACGACACAAGGAAAAAGGAAUAAUCUACAGGAAGAUGAAUCCGACCUUAGCGACGUAGAAAUUAAUGACCAAAUUAAAAAACUGAGAAUGAAGAAAGCACCAGGAGAAGAUGAAAUACCGAAUGAAGCAUGGGUGUAUUUAGAAGUGGAUGGCAAAAGGAAACUUUUUGAACUGAUAAGAAGAAUGUGGAAUGAAGAAGGCUUCCCGAAUAGUUGGAGGAAAAGGAUUAUUACACCGAUAUUCAAGAAAGGAGAAACAGAGGAUCUGAAAAACUAUAGACCGAUGACUCUCCUGAACAAGGCGUACAAACUGUAUGCCAUGAUAUUAAACGAAAGAUUAGUGAAGGAUCUAGAAGAGAAGAAAAUUUUACCGGGAACACAGGCAGGAUUUAGAAAAAAUAAUGAAACAAUGGAUAAUAUAUACAUACUUCAGCAUUUCAUACAGAGAGAACUAGAGCCUUUGAUAAUUGCAGUGAGGGUAAAUGGCUAUCUCACAGACGAAUUUUGCAUAGAAGAUGGACUGAAGCAGGACUGUCCUGUUAGCGCUACACUAUUCACAGUUCUAAUCUCUGACAUAGAAGAGGAAAUGAGAAAAGAAAUUGUGGGAGGCAUAAAAGUUGAGAGUGAAAAAUUUUUGUCAUUUGCUUACGUAGACGAUAUAGCACUUUUGGCGAACAAUGAAGAAGAUUUUAGGGCAAUGAUGAGAAGAUUCGAAAAGUUCUCAGAGAAGAAAUGUUUAGUAUUAAACGUAGAAAAAUCGAAAGUAAUGGUUUUCAAAAAAGUUGGGGGCAGAGAAAAGGAAAGAAAAUGGAAUUGGAAAGGAGUAAAUGUAGACUUAGUGGUUGGAGUUCUGGCUUACAGGGCAGAAUUAUGGGGAUGGGAAGAAAAAGACAGUUUAGAAAGGAUCCAAGAACGUUACCUCUGGUGGACCCUGGGACUCGACCGUUAUACACCAAGCUACAUGGUUCUGGAAGAAAGCAAAAUCGAAAAACUCAGAGUGAAAUUAGGAAGAAGAGCUAUCAAAUUUGAAGAAGGAAUAAAUAACUCCACAGGAAGAACAAUUUUGAAAGAAUGUCUAAAAGAAAAAAAUAGUGAAAAUCUGAAGAUAAGAAGUGUCCAAGAAAGGGAGCAAUAUCUUAAAAGGUGUGGUUAUAGUCAAGAGGGUUUAAAAACAUUAAAAGAUAAAAGAGCUAAUCUGCGAAGUUCUUUUGUUGUGAACGGCGUUUUCUCAAAUCACGGCAGGCCUAGUUCUGAAGUCCGUGAUUCGAAGAGAGCCGUAAUUGCCCGUUACGGCGUUUUAUGA